AUGUUAAUUACAAAUGAAGACGAAGUCCUCACAGACAAGUUUUCUAACAAGCGAUCAACAACCAAGGGGAGUACUUCAAAUCCAGCUUGUGCUAAUACCGGUACUGCUACCAGUGUUGAAGCCGAGGAGUGUUCAGACAACACAGUACAUCCAUUUGCUUGUCCAGAAGAAGGUUGUACGAAAACAUACCAGCGCUUUUCUGCACUACAACACCACUUUGACAGUGAAAAGCACGAAAGGGCACUUGAACGUGAAACCUUGCUUGAUAAAGCAAUACUUGGAUACGCUAUCAGAUUAGACGAACAUGCAGUUUACAAGAGUCCGGAUUCAGCAGAGUAG